AUGAUCGAGCGCCUCCUGAUUGAUGUUCACAUUGCCGACAACGUGGCCGGCAUGAAGGUGCCUUUGGUAAAGGCGAUUUUCUUCGCAAGUGGAGCCUGGAGGAAUGUGAAGCACCUGACCAUCGCCCACUGCUUCGAGAAAGCCGGCUUCUCCCGAAGCAGCAGCGCGGAGGCGGCGCCUGCUGGGGACCAAGCUAUUGACGUCGCUGCAACCACUGAUGCUGCCGCCGCGACGGCCUGCUUCGAGCAGCUUUGGGAUUCCGCUAGCGACUUGAACCUUGUGCCUGCGGGUCUAUGCCACAUGGACUUCGUCUUUGCCGACGAAGACCUUGUUGCCACCGAGGACUUCACGACUGAAGAAGUUGCCAGGAGUGUCAUGGAAGAGACCUUGGCGGACAGCGCCUCGGACAGCGAAUGCGACGAUGCUAGUUGUGCCCCUAAGCCGCUCACCUCCGCAGCGGCCAUCGCAGCUGUUGACACGCUACGGAUGUACUACCUCGGGAGUCCGGAGUUCGACCAGAUCUUUGGUGCGCAGUUGGAUGGUAUGGAAGCCGCAAUCCUGAAGUCCGCACUCGCGAAACGUGUUCAGGGGACGCUGGACCACUUCUUUCAGCUGCAGUAA